CACAAUUGCAGUAUAAAAACCAGAGAUCCUAACUCAACUAUGCAACACAAGUCUUAGUUCUAUCCUUUCUUUUCUCUCCAAGAAUCACAAUGAGAAGCUUUUGGAAUUUGGGGCAAUUGCCUCUUAUAGCAUUUGCUUUGGCAAUUUGCUUUGUAGCCAGCACUGUUGUUGCUGAUUACUCUUAUGGCUAUACUUCUCCCUCACCUUCUUACACCGCUAAGAAGUACUACAAAUCACCAUCUCCAUCCAACUAUCAUGAACCAACUCCAUACUACAAGAAACCGGAGAAACAUGCUGAACAUUCUCCAUCACACUAUUACAAGUCACCGGUGCCUUCCAAGCACGACUAUUACAAGUCCCCUACUCCUUCAAAGCAUUACUACAAAUCACCAGUAGUAGUGAAGUAUUACAAAUCACCAGUUCCUUCAAAGAAGUACUACUACAAGGCACCUUCCCAUUCAAACAAGUACUACAAGGCACCUUCCCAUUCAAACAAGUACUACAAGGCCCCUGCUCCUUCAAAGAAGUACUACAAGUCCCCUGCUCCUUCAAAGAACUAUUACAAGUCACCAUCUCCUGCAAAGUACUACAAAUCUCCUUCACCUGCAAAAUACUACAAGUCACCUGCUCCAUCAAAGCACUAUUACUAUAAGUCACCAUCCCCUACAAAGUACUACAAAUCUCCAUCGCCUGCAAAAUACUACAAGUCGCCUGCUCCAUCAAAGCACUAUUACUACAAAUCUCCUCCUUACUACAAGUCCCCUCCACCUCCCCCAUACUACAAAGAAUCUACGCCUUCCUACAAGUCCCCUCCCCCUCCACCAUACUACAAAGAAUCUACGCCUUCCUAUAAAUCCCCUCCUCCUCCACCAUACUACAAAGAAUCUACUCCUUCCUAUAAAUCACCUCCACCUCCCCCAUACUACAAAGAAUCUACUCCUUCUUAUAAAUCCCCUCCCCCUCCCCCUCCCCCAUACUACAAAGAAUCUACCCCUUCAUAUAAAUCCCCUCCCCCUCCCCCAUACUACAAAGAAUCUACUCCUUCCUAUAAAUCCCCUCCCCCUCCACCAUACUACAAAGAAUCUACACCUUCCUAUAAAUCUCCUCCACCCCCACCAACCUACUAUUAAAAUAGUUACUAAUUUUAUCAUUUCCACCAUUUCCAUGAAUUCAAAAUCCUACUUUGAGUAUCUCUAUUUCCUCAGCCAAAAUUUUAUAUAUUCUUCUAGAAGGUUUUGGUUGUUUUGUUUGUUCCUUUCUUUUAAUAAUUUGUAAUAUGCAUUGUUUGAGAUCCUCAAGAUCUCCUUCAGUUUGGUUCAUUGUAUCAAGAUUCUUUUUGAUGUAAUCU